AUGUCCCAGAAAACCCAGCGUUUUGAUACGCUACCGGAAGACACGGUCAAGUCUAGCGAAACAAAGAUAAAUAUUUCCGGCUUUCACGUUUAUCUCUAUGGUAUUGAUGAGCUAUCCCCGCAGCAGGCAGAGAACACGGUGGUUUUAUUCCAUGUCCAUGGACGUACAAGAACCUACAAGAAUGCCGAGCUUUUCGCACACCAGUUCCUUCAUCAGCUGCGGCAACAUGGAGAAUCGAAGAAAGGUUUUGUCGUGGCGACCUUUGAUAAUCGCAAUCACGGCGAAAGAGCGAUUGAUACCAAGUCAAUUCAAGGAUGGAAGCAAGGAAACGAGAAGCAUGCACAUGACAUGCUCGCCAUGAUAGAUGGAAUUGCUCUCGACAUCCAAACCGUGAUGAGAUACCUUAAGCUUUACGUGGAAGAUCGAUUCAACCCAACCGAAUUUGUCAUGUCAGGACACUCACUCGGAGGCCACACAGCAUGGAAUAUUCUUGCCGAUGAAAAGCGAAUCAAGACUGCUAUUAUCUCCGUGGGAUCGCCAAAUAUGACCGACUUGCUGCUCGAGCGACUCGGCAAAAGAAACGGCCCUGAUCCGAUCCGAUGGCCCGAAUCGAUAGCUGAGAUGUACAGAGAUCGGGACCAGCGUGUUUCAAAAAUUGAGGGCAAGCAAAUCUUGCUUCUGAAUGGUGCUCUGGAUACCCUGGUACCCAGCAAAUUCAGCGUGCCCUGGGUCGAAAAAUACGGCCAAAAGAACGAUGUAUCUUUGAAUGUGUUCGAGGAUACUGGUCAUUGGUUCUCGCUGGAAAUGAUGGAUAAGGUUGUUGAGUGGGUGCUACAGAAGAUUGCUUGA